GCGCCAGACGACACCCGUGUUCUAACUUACGUCGAGAGUCCGUUAUUUGUAAAGACUCGUUUCGUAUAUAAGUUCUCGUGUAAAACGUAGCAAACUUUCAACUCAUACGAACCGCUGAUGAAAUAAAUGAUUGUACGACUAAAGCCAGCUCGCGUACUUUCAGGUGAACACGGGUGUCGUGUUCCGACAGCAGUUGUACGAGCCUUCUGUGAGACUGCGAGAGCUGGUGGGGCAAAAUGGGAUUUGUCUGAGUUCUUUGCUCGAACUCCGCAGCUAUCGACGACCGCGUCCUAGAAGAAGGCGCGAUGGCGAAGUACAUGGUGAUGGGGGAGAUAUCCCUCAUGAGUGCUAUUCUUCGGCGCAGCAUGAGGUACUCCCACCAAAACGAAAGUAUUGAAGAACUCAUUCGAAGCUUCUCAUCUCUUAAGGACAUUUUAAGUCGACAAAGCGAGUUGUCGGACCUUGAGCCAUCAAUAUAUUUCUCGCCAUUUCUGGACGUCGUUCGAUCUGAAGAGACAACCGGCUCUGUAACGGCGAUGGCACUGACAGCUAUCGCAAAGUUCCUACAAUAUGGGCUCAUCGAUCAUAGGCUUGAGUCGGCGGCAGCGACCGCUGAACAAAUCGUUCUGGCGAUGAAGAAGAUUAGCUACAUUUCGGAUGAUAUCGCAUCGGACGAGGUUGUUAUCAUGAAAUUUUUGCAUGUCAUUCGCAGCCUACUUCUCUCGCAGAUCGGUUGUCUACUAAGUAACAAUGGAGUGUGCGAACUUAUUCAAGCAAUUAUUAAAAUUAUAUUCGACGCCAGUUUUGGAGUCCUCAUGAAAAAGAUGGCUGAACAGACAUGGGGCGAAGUUGUACAGCUAAUGUUCGCACGCUUGCCUACGUUCAGCGAGGAUGUGCAUGAUGAUAUGCAGCUAAAACAACUUCGCAUUCGAGGAAACGGCACAAGCAUUGAGCACCGUCACAGUCAGCGACGUAGAACAGGUCCUGGCCGUAUGAAGAAAACUAAAACUCAGGAAGAAAUGCCGUUUAGUAUCGGUAAUACGCCUCGGGAGAAAGUAGUACUCGGCUCAAGUAAACCACUUGAACACGAUGCUAGUGAAGUACUGGAACUUGCUGUUCAGCCAAAGGCAGCAACAGGUACCAGUGGCCAUGAGGCUACGCAGCCACCGUCUCAGCAUGAAAUGCAACAGGAGAGCACUGAGCACAACGAAGUGAGUACUGUUUCAGCAGAAAUGAUGGCCUCAGCCAGGAAGUACGGCAACGAAGACCACCAGUCUCUUGAUGAGAACACCUCGGGAGAAGUGGAGAGGAAGUCGAGUAUAUCGAGCGAGGACAGAAAGACCGACGACGUCGAGAUUAUGAACGGCGAAAUGAAGGGAGGUGCGGGGGACGCGGAUGAGACAGAAGGCGGACUCAGUGAAAGUGUCGAAAUUGUGUCAAGGGACUCAAUCGACGAAGGUGGCCAUAUUGUCCAUCUGUGUGGGAGCGUUAACUCGCUUAAUGAACUUGAUCAUCAUACGGAUGAGGCCAGUGUUGACGGAAAUGUACAGGGCGCGGCAUCUAGUGAUAAGGACUUCGUAAGUUCACGCGGAGUUCGAUUUACGCCGACGUCGAAUGGUGAUCGAGUGCCUUAUGGUUUGUCGUCCAUCAAAGAGCUCCUCAAAUUCAUUUCUAUCAUCAUCUGCCCUCACGAACCAUAUAACAAUCCCGAACAAAUUAUUUUACUCGGGUUGGAACUUAUGACGAUUGCUCUCGAGGUUGGCGGGAGGCAUAUUGGAAAUUUCCCUUCGCUUGUCGAACUCGUGAAGGACGAUAUCUGUAAAAGUCUUCUUGCAUUGUUGAAGACUGAACGCAUUGGUAUUCUCGUUGCGACAAUGCGAGUUUGCUUUCUACUUUUCGAGUCGUUGCGGUCCCAGCUGAAGUUUCAGCUUGAGAGCUAUCUGCUUAAGCUCAUCGAACUAAUCACCUACGAAGGACCAAACAAGAUGAGUUACGAAAUCAAGGAAUUGGCAAUCGACAACAUCGUUUCGCUUUGGAGAAUUCCGGGUUUCGUAACUGAGCUGUAUUUAAAUUACGACUGUGACCUCUAUUGUUCCAAUUUAUUUGAAGAUUUAACAAAAACACUAUCAAAAACAGCGUUUCCAGUCACCGCCAUUUAUAGUGUUCACCACCUAUCGCUCGAAGCUCUGCUGGCAGUUAUUGACUCCGUUGAAACCCACUGUCAUUUCAUGAUGGUAUCGUCAAAGGACCAUGACAACAAAGAGUCGAAGUCAAAUAAUAGCAAAAGUAGCGAUGAGUCAUUGGCAGCAGGUCGGAAAAAACUCCUACGACCAGUUGCGGCUUCGGGCGUGCAAUUGGCAGCUGUUGUCCAUGCCGCGAAUAAAGACGAAAAUACACAUAACAAUUCCGGCGCAACUCACGCAAAUGUAGAGCGGAAUAGUUCAGAGAACGAUGAUAGACCAGUUAUUCCUAGCCAUGAGGAGGUAGCGGCCAUUAGGCAUAAGAAACGACUUCUGCAGCAAGGCACUGAACAUUUUAAUCAGAAACCAUCGAAAGGUAUCGAUUUUUUGAUGGAGAAUGAUAUCUUGCCACGAACAUUCAGUCCGGAAAAAGUGGCAGAGUUUCUUCGUUCGAACUAUCAACUCGACAAAAUCAAAAUCGGUGACUAUAUUUCAAAUCGGAAGAACGUCGACUUGCUGAAAGCCUUUAUAAAAUCAUUUAAUUUCACGGAUACGAGAAUUGAUGAGGCAUUAAGGAUGUACCUCGAAACCUUCCGGCUUCCAGGAGAAGCACAGCCGAUCUCGCUCAUUCUGGAACAUUUUGCUGAGCAUUGGCACGCAAGUAACGGUGAACCUUUUGCGUCGGCGGAUGCAGCAUUUACGUUAGCCUACGCUAUUAUAAUGUUAAACGUGGACCAGCAUAAUCAUAACGUCAAAAAGCAAUCCACGCCGAUGACUGAAGAGGAUUUCAUUAAAAAUCUUAAGGGUUCGCCUAUUCUGCAGAAUGGCCUUCUGCAUGCCGCAGGAGUAAAUGGCGGAGCCGAUUUUGAACGUUGUCUUCUCUCGGAUAUCUAUGAAGCUAUCAAGACAGAUGAAAUAGUCAUGCCCGCGGAACAAACCGGAAUCGUUCGUGAGAACUAUCUCUGGAAAGUGCUCCUAAAGAGAGGGGCCUCUCCUGAGGGCAGGUUUAUGGAGUGUGAUGCAGUAGGCUGUGGAGUCCUAGACGACGAAGUGUUUAAUUUGGCUUGGUCGCCCACUUUAGUCGCACUUUCCUAUCUCCUCGACAAAGUUGUCGAUGACUCUCUACUCACCCAAAAGCUAAUGGCUGGCUAUCGGAAGUGCGCCACGAUCGCGGCUCACUACGGACGAACCGAGGUGUUCGACCAUCUUAUCCAGGCGCUCUACAAGUACACUGGCAUCUCCUCAGCGGAUUCUGUAUCGGGAGUUCUCCAAGCAUUAGGCGGAGACCAACGUGCUCAGUUAACAGCAAAAAUGAUGUUCACUCUGGCGCACAAACAUGGUGACGUUAUGCGUGAUGGUUGGCGACAGCUCGUUGAUUGCUCGCUUAUUCUUUAUCGAGCUGGUUUAAUGCCGGCCAGCGUAACUACGGCUGAUGACUUCGUCGAACCCAAAGGCUUCGUAUCGAUUGCUCGGCGCAAGCCUGAACCGGGUCGGACGGAACAAAGCGGCGGAGGCCUGUUCAGUAGUCUCGUCUCGUACAUCACCUCAUCUGAGAGUGCCGCUCAACGGGAACAAGAGGUGCAACUUCGAAAAGUCGCUGAGACGUGCGUUAUAAACUUUCAUCCGGACUUCAUUUUCUCGGAGUCGACAUUCCUCCGCACCUCAGCACUCGAAGAGCUUGUGCGCGUAUUGAUUGCAUCAUGUCCCGUCCCACCGUCACACGCGUUUGUGAACUCAGAUUUGGCAAACGGUAGCGUCGCCAAUGCUAGCUAUGAUGAAGAAUCGACAAUCUUUGGCCUUGAGCUACUAGUGAAGGUCGUUUUAAAGAACAAGGAUCGUGUACAUGCAAUUUGGGCUCCAGUUCGUGAUCACCUUGUGGCACUCGUUAUGGGCGCAGCUGCAAGAGAUUACCGUCGACUGCUGGAGCGCGCCGUUGUGGGUAUGCUUCGUUUAGCCCUUCGCCUCUGCAAGGGAGACCAAAUGGGCUCACAAGCAUUGCAAAAUCUUGCGAUGCUGCUAUUGCUCAAACCGGCUACCGUCCGAGCGGUCGCUAGACAGAUCGUCUAUGCUGUUCACGAGCUGUUGCGAACGUCCGCUAGCUGCUUAACGAGUCGUGCCGAUUGGCAGACGUUGUUCGCACUUUUGUCGGUCGCCGGAGCGGGACUCAAGCCGUCGUCACAAGCUCUCAUGCUCGACAGUGAACUUCUAGUUAAAAUGGCAGCCACCUGUGCGGAUAUAAGGAGUUCAGAUAGCCAAUCGUACGAUAGUGGAGUGCAAAGCGAUUCUGAAAUGGGAUCUUUGAGAAGAAGCACCUCAACCGUCUUAGAGCAGGAUCGGGGCUACACCUCCGAUAGCGAGAUCAGCACCCGAACAUCUAAACACCAUUUGCACCACAAUAGCGGCCAUCAAGUGCACAACAGUCAACACGAUAAUAAUCGCCACUUCAGCACGAAUAUUACGGGCAGUUGGAUAGUGGUUGGACAGGAGGAAAGUUCACCUGCAAAAACCGGUGGCUGUUCUAUCAACCAGUAUACGAUAAGCCUGUCAGGCUGUGAGUUGGUUCCCCACGACGCCUACGCGAUGACCAAGGCUGCAAAGUGUCUCACCCAGCUUAUCCGAGACUCUGGAGAGGCACUGGGCGCAGGAGUUGAUGAACGAAACGUCGAAAGUUGUAUUCGCUGUUUACGGGUCUUUGUAGAAGCAAGCUUACACACCAAGUCUAAGCGUCCUCGAGCCAUCAAGACUUCGAAAGGGUCGGCGAAAAUUGCACGUUCUCCAUCACCAACAUCAGAAUCCGACUCAGAUGGCGCUGAAGGGUCUAGCGCACCAGCCGAGUACGCACACGUGUCGGUUGAACUACUGGAUGUCAUGCACACAUUGCACACUUCAUGCAGUCAAAUCGCAAAGGCUAGCACUAGUAGUAGUCGUCAAAAAAAUGACACCGCUGGCAACCAACAGGAUGGUAGCACUGGUGGAAUAGAGAACCAAGAAAUUUUGUUGUCUGACCCGGCCGAGUUGUGGGCUCGUUGUUGGUGCCCCCUACUUCAGGGCAUGGCCCGAUUGUGCCUAGAUACUCGUAAGACAGUACGUAUACUGGCGCUCAGUGUUUUACAGAGAGCACUUUUAGUGCAAGAGCUGCAGGUGUUAAAAGCUGACCACUGGGAAGCGUGCUUCCAUCAGGUACUUUUCCCACUUUUGCAGGCUCUGCUUGAGCGCCAGGUGUUUCCAGAUCCAGCGGUAGUCGAGGAAACUUGCGUACGAGUAAACACUCUGCUGUCGAAGGUGUUCUUACAGCAUUUAUCCCCACUGCUAACGCUACCAACUUUUACGGCUCUCUGGUUGGCUGUACUCCACUUCAUGGAUAGGUUUAUGCAUCUCGAACAAGGAGGUGACUUACUGCUCGAUGCUAUACCGGAAAGUCUAAAAAAUAUGCUACUUGUUAUGGACACAGCGGGCGUUUUCCGUACAACGAAGCCGGAUGGUAAUUCAGUUCCGUCAGAGCUUUGGAACGUUACGUGGGAUCGGGUUGCGCCCUUUUUACCCGGGCUCCAAGACGAACUUUUUAGAAAACCAGAACCACCGCCAGCACCUAUGUCUGAUCUUGACAAAAAAUUUCCAGCUAAUAGUGCAGAGCAAGCAGACGAUAUGGAUAGUGAACUACCACCUGUGCUAAGCCUUGAGGAAGCAUUAGCGCUCAGAGUUCCGGAGAAAGUGCCCUUGUCAAGAAUGAUGGGUGGAAUCCUUAUGCAAGAAACAACGCUAACGCCAAGCAACAGCAGUAAUGGUUCCGUUAUUGCCGCAAAACCAGAUGCUGGGAGUAUUACGCAAAGGCAACAAAAGCAAGCAGCAUAUUCUCAUCAGCAGCAGUCGCAAGCCCAGCAGCCGCAACAUCCAAUAAUGUACAGCUCAAAUAAUAAUUGUAAUAAUAUCACGCCCUAUGGAUCCCCCACUCAGCAACAACAUCAACAGCAGUUGUUUUAUUCUCAGCAGUAUCGACAACAAUCUCUUUAUUCUGCGCCACAGCCCCAACCUCCGCAACAGAUGACUGGAGUAGCUGCUAGUGCGCCGCAUGCCCCUCUGACGACACCUCAACAGCAAACCAUGGGCCACAACGUGGCAAUGGUAUCACCUAUUAGCUCGGUGCCCUCGUCACCACAGCACAGCGUCAAUGGACUAACUCGCCAGCAGCAAUUACAGCAACAGUUACAACAGCAGCAAUCGUUGGAGCGCCGUCUCAGUUAUGACCAGUUGCAGCUGCAGAUUCAACAACACUGUCAGCCGUUUUAUUACCAACAACAACAGAGGGCGGCACUACAUUAUCCACAACAAACGGCGCAAUACUACCACCCGCAGCCCACGCAGGCAACCCUAACGCAACAACAGAUACCGAUGGCUGUAUCGGCUAGUAGUCUAGUUAGUGGUAACGGUGGUAAUGCUACGACAUCGAAUGUGAUUGUUCCGACAUCCUGCUCGCCCGCCUCUUCAGAUUCCUCGCAAAUGGCAAUGACUGUUGUACAGGGAAGCAGCAUAUCCGUCUACCCUGGUCAAGCCGUCGGGCAGAAUGCGUCGUCCACCAUGCAAAUGACGCAACUGGCCCAAGCCCAGAACCUUGCCGGACCUUCACAAUCAAUGUCUUUGUUCUACAGCACGGGCGUCACCACUCCCCAGGCAGUAACUGCUUCGCAGCAGACGACUACAAACGUCUCCUCCUCACAACUCCUUCAGCAGGGGCAGUACUACCAGGCCGGACAACCGCCGCCGCCUCCCUCUCCGCCUGAACACUAUUAAUCAAAUAACAGGUCAUUAGGCGACUAGCAUUAGUUUUUAGUCAAAUAUGCUAUUCGAGAGACAAACAAAUGAUACAAGUGAUCAGUAAAGUUAGAUCGGUACCAAGUUAGUGCGACGAUUUUUUUGCUGGGGCAUUCUAAAAAUGAUCAGUUAGUUAUUAUAUUCAUAGUAUCAAUUACAAUAAUCGGUAUAUUCGGUUAGCCGUUAUCUAUGGCAAUUCUAUCAUGACUUAAUUGGAAGAAAUGUAAAUUCAAUACAAGCGGGCACGAAAGAGUAAAGGCAGUGACACCCAUGUCUAGGCAACAGUUGUUAUGGCUUUAUGUCAGCUAUGAUUCGAUUGGAGCCAAUCCUGCGAAGUUGUCGCAACUGGUUCUAAUGAGAGAAGGGGUGAACAAGACAACGAAAAAAACACUGAGUCGAAAGUGCAAAAACUGCAGGGUCAGCUGUCAAGAUCAAAUUGUAUUUUGUGUGUGUGUUAGCGAGUAAUGACAGAUCAAAGUGACAAUGAAGACAGCCCCAAUUCAGUUUCUUUCUGAAUGCCUGAUCAGUACGUUGGCUGAGUCAAGAAAUAAACGCGGAUUAAGGUAGAAGGGUCAGGAAAAAGACUGACAAUAGUUUGAAGUUGUUUCAGAUUCGUAACCCUCUAAUCAUCAUAACCGCAUUUCUUGUAAUAAUGAUAUAAUAGCCGACAUCGACAACAGUUAUAGAUAGCAUGUAAGCUCUCGUUGCCUUAAUGACGAUUUUUUUAAAGAUAAAAAGUGAACCCGGUGGAACAGAUUAACCUUUACAAGAUAUAGUGAUGUUAAAUACGAAAUUAGGUUUGUUAAUAUUUAGGCACCCACAGCCGCAAUUACUUCAAUGAUUACCCUGACUGCUAGGAACUCUAGCUGUUUGAAUAGAAAAGAAGAAUAUUUUGAAAAUCGGCUCAUUAAAGUAGACGUAUUUUGUCAAAAAUAGCACAAAUGAUUUGUACGGCAAACGCGAAUGGCAAAAUACGAGAAGAUGAAGUGAUGGUUAUCGAUUGCAGUUUAUUACGAGUUAUCUGUUUGGGUGUAUAAUAAAGCUCUUAUGAAAUUGCCCGA